AUGGACGAGACGGGAAUAACGACUGUGCAAAAACCGGACAGAGUGAUUGGCCGGCGUGGGUAUAAACAAAUUGGAAAGAUUGUCUCGGCUGAACGAGGAACGUUAGUGACAUUGGCUUUAGCAGUUUCCGCUACGGGAAAUUCUAUUCCACCUUUUUUUAUUUUCCCUCGAGUACACUUUAGAGAUCACUUUUUAAGAAAUGCACCACCAAGCAGUGCAGGAAGUGCAAAUCCGUCAGGCUGGAUGAACGCCGAACAUUUUUUUGCUUUUGUUAAACAUUUUGUUAAACAUUCAAAAACAUCUAGGGAAAGGCCUUCCCUGCUUAUACUGGAUAACCACGACUCACAUCUGUCCAUAGAUGCUUUAAAUUAUUGCAAAGAAAAUGGAGUCACGGUUUUAUCCUUUCCACCUCACUGUAGCCAUAAACUACAACCAUUAGACAGAAGUGUUUAUGGGCCGUUAAAGAAAUAUGUGAAUUCUUCUUGCGAUGCAUGGAUGACCAAUCACCCUGGCCAUACGAUGACUAUUUAUGACAUUCCUGAAAUUGUAAACUCUUGUUUGCCUCUUGCUGCUUCUCCUGCUAACAUAAAAGCCGGAUUUGCAGUAACAGGAAUUUUUCCAUAUAAUGCGCAUAUGUUUCAAGAUGAAGAGUAUAUGCCUGGAUAUGUCACAGACAGACCGAACCCAGAAAAUGUUCAAGAUGUUCCAGCUAACGUGACCAUUGAAGAAGAUCCAGCUGAAAUAAACUUUAGCGAGCCACAACCUGGUCCCUCAUCUCGCAGAUCUCCAUCGAAUACCCCCCCACCUCCUACACCAGAAAAUAUACGACCGCUACCAAAAGCAGCACCAGAAAAGCUAAAAAGUACUAGCAGAAAAAGACGAGUAACAGCCAUAUUAACAGAUACGCCAAUUAAAGACACAUUAGAAGAAGAGCAGAAAAACAAAAGGAAAAAAAAAACAAUAGUGGAGCCAAAGAAAAAGGAAUAA